AUGGAAGCCAUGGAAUCGAAGAAAGUAAAUGAAGUACAAGCUAUCCCUAAAUUUUCUGAGAAGUGUUGCAUAUGUGAGAAUCAUGGGCAUUCAACUAAUGAAUGUCCCACGAUCCCUGCUUUCAAAGAAGUAUUGUUGGACCAAUCUAAUACUGUAAACAUGACACAUAAACCAUAUUCUAGUCCUUACUCUAAUUCUUAUAAUCCAGGAUGGAGGAGCCACCCAAAUUUUAGUUGGAGGGGUGACCAGCAUGUAGCUCCAGCAACCUUGGCUCUGGGGCCCUCUCAACUCACAAUUCAAGCACUUUUAAUGCAAAAGAAGGGAGUUGAAGAUACGGUUCAACAACUAAGUGUGACACAUCAACAAUUCAUGCAAGAGAAGGGUAAAUUUCCUGCACGGUCACAACCAAAUCCACAAGGGCAGCCUCAUCAAGUGCCAGCAAUAAGUGAGGAUCCUAACUUAAAGUCGGUCAAAGCGGUGACUACUUUAAGAAGCGGUAAGGUGGUAGACAUUCCAGCAUAUAAGCCAUACAAUUCUGGUAAGGUUUUUAACCCUUCUAAUAAAGAUGGAGAGCAUGUGUCUGAUGAGCAUGAGAAAAUUUAUUAUCCUAAUACCUGCUCCUUUUCCUCAACGAUUAGUUCUGUUUUGCAUAAAGAUAAGCAUCUUGCUGAAAUUCUUGAUGUUUUUAGGCAAGUUAGUGCUAUCAUUCAGAGUAAUACACCACCUAAAUACAAGGACCCUGGAGCACCUACAAUUGCUUGCGUGAUAGGAAAUUCAAAAAUUGGCCAUGCUUUGUUGGAUCUUGGUUCAAGUGUCAAUUUAUUGCCUUACACUGUGCAACCUCAGGAUUUAGAAGAAGUUCAGGAAGUUAAUUUGUUGGAAAAUAUCCUUGAUGAGGAUUUUCACUUGAAUCUUUCUUCCACUGAUUUACAAUUGUCAUUAGAAAGUAUUUUAAGUGAUGUGAAUAUACUUGAUGAUACUUCUAAUGUUUCUUUUGUAGGAACUAGUCAUGGGGUGCUUUGA